GACGGGCAGCCCGAGUCAUCCUUGGGCUUCUGGGACAGGAGAGCUGCCGGGGAGCGCGGAGUAGAUGAUAUCGCAAGGUCCAGGACUGCAAGCUAACGAUGGUCAGCUGAGGAAAUGCUGUCCUUCCGGGAUGUGGCCAUUGAGUUCUCUCCAGAAGAGAGGGAAUACCUGGAGCCUGCUCAGUGGAAUCUGUACAGGGAUGUGAUGUUGGAGAAUUACAGCAACCUUGAUUUCCUGGGUCUUGCUCUUCCUAAGCCACACCUGGUGACAUUUCUGGAAGAAAGACAAGAGCCUUCAGGAGUGGAGAGACAGGCAGCAGCCACCGUGCAACCAGGAACCACACCCAAUGAUUAUGUUUACAACAAGACCAUUGAUCAUAGCUCAUUAAGUAUUCAACACCAGAGAAUUCAUACAGGGGAGAAACCCUACAAGUGCAAAGAAUGUGGUAAGGGCCUUAGUUCUUACAGAACACUUUCUAUACACCAGAGACUUCACACUGGAGAAAAACCCUACACGUGUAAAGAAUGUCAUAAGGCCUUCAAUACGCGUUCAUCACUUUUUAUACACCAGAAAAAUCAUACUAAUGAAAAGCCCUACAAGUGCGAAGAAUGUGGCAAAUCAUUUUACUAUCCUUCAAUGCUGAAGCAGCAUCAAAGAAUUCAUUCUGCAGAGAAAACCUACAAAUGUGAAGAAUGUGACAAGUUAUUUUACUGUCCUUCAAUGCUGAAGCAACAUCAAAGAAUUCAUUCUGGAGAGAAACCCUACAAGUGUAAAGAAUGCCAUAAGGCCUUCAAUACACGCUCAUCUCUUUUUAUACAUCAGAAAAAUCAUACUGCUGAAAAAAACUACAAGUGUGAAGAAUGUGGCAAGUCAUUUUACUAUCCUUCAAUGCUGAAGCAACAUCAAAGAAUUCAUUCUGCAGAGAAACCCUACAAGUGUGAAAAGUGUGGCCGGUGCUUUUUCUCAUUUUCAUACUUUAGACAGCAUGAAGCGAUUCAUAAAAAGGAGAAAACUUUCAAGUGUGAGGAGUGUGGCAAAUGUUUUUCCUCAUCUUUGUGCCUUAGACGACAUCAAACCAUCCAUUCUGAAGACAACCCCUAUAAAUGUGCAGAGUGUGGCAAACGGUUUUUCUGUUUUACAUACCUUCAAGGACAUCAGAGAGUCCAUACCGGGGAGAAAUCCCACAAGUGUGAGAAGUGUGGCAAAUGUUUUUGCUUCUCUUCAUCCCUUCGGCGACAUCAAACAAUUCACUGUGAAGACAAUCCCUACAAGUGCGACGAGUGUGGCAGAUUGUUUAACUCAUCAUUUUCCCUUAAAAGACAUCAGGCCAUCCAUUCUGAAGACAAUCCCUACAAGUGUGCAGAGUGUGGCAAACGGUUUUUGUGCCUUAAACACCUUCAAGAACAUAUGGCAGUCCAUACCGGAGAGAAACCAUACAGGUGUGAAGAGUGUCACAAAGCCUUUCCUUAUUACUUAUCCCUUAGGAGACACAAGAGAGUUCACACUGGACAGAAACCCUGCAAGUGUGAAGAGUGUGGCAAAUGUUUCUCCUCAUCUUCAGGCCUUAAACAGCAUAAAAAUAGAAUUCAUUCUCAAGACACUUUCUAAAAGUGUAGGGAAUGUGGCAAAGACUGUAUUACUCUUCGUAUCCUUACUCAGCACAUGAUAUAAUGCAGUGCUUAUUCGCUCUGCUCAUGACCUUGGACUAACUGGUCCCAUAGAUGCAGUGUUUCUUGUUAGUCUACGUGGCCUCUAUGUGGCCUCUAGUAAGAAAGGAGAUAGUGGGUUAUACUUUCUUGGGUGGUGAAGACUGGGACAGGUAGUGUGAAAUAGUGUGUGAUCAGUUCCCAGCGUUCCAAGGGACUCUGCAACUGUAUUACUGUAUUCGUGGGUGUAUUUCCUCCCUUUUCAUAUCUUAAUAAAUCAUUGAUACCCCUUAAA